UUUUGGACAGAAAAUAAACAGAUGCAACUAUCAUCCCUACAUGACAACUUCCAUUACCUGUCCUUCUACAGUAUUUCUUUCUCUCUAUAUAUAUACUUGUCCUUGCAUAGGUUUGCACAUGGCCUCUUCUGCCACAAACUCCUCUAUACUCCAUAAAUCAUACUAACAAGCCUCUUCGAAUUUCAAAUUAACCUCUAUAGUUAUUAUUAUGAACAUUAUGAGCAAUUUCAAGAAAUCUCAAAUUCUGAUGCUAUCACUCUUAGCUGCUCUUCUUUUUGUUACACCUCUUUUAUCUUCUUCAUUAAGGCCUAAGUAUCUUUACUUCAUUAUUAAUCUUCUUAUUCUCGCUCUUGGAGCUGAAGCCGGCCUUCUUUCUGCAGCCUUUUCCAAGCCUUUAGACGAUAGUAAAAAAAAUUCUGUCGUUUCCAUUUCAACAAAGCCAAUAACCCAAGAAUUAGCUUCCUCCCCUCAGCCUGCAUGUACUGAAAAGAAACCAAUUAGGGUUGUUGAAAAAUCUGCUUCAGAGAAGAUUGUUAGCUCUGCUAGCAUAAAUAAAGCGGAUAAAGUAAAAAAAUGCCCUUCUAUGCCUAGUCUUUUUUUCAUAGGAAAUGCAGAGAGUACAACAGAAAUGGAAGAUGUUCAAGAAAAUAAACCAGUAGUAGUGGUGGAAGGAGAAGGAGAAGAAGUUGGUGAGCUUAGUGGGCAAGAAUUAUUCACUAAAGCUGAGACAUUUAUUGGGAAUUUCUAUAAACAAUUAAAAAUGCAAAGGGAAGAGUCUUGGAAGAGAAUUCAUGGGUUUUUCAAUUAAUUAUUAAUAUUUUAAAAUCAUGUGAUUUUAUGAUCACCAGUUCAUAGAAUCAAUGGUUUUGAAUUAAUUAUAUAUGAUUAGAUAGCUGAUGAUGAUGAGGGUACAACCAUUACUUUUAAUUCAUGGUUACUUAUAUAUAUACUUACUGAGUUUACUGUUCUUUUUU